CUCCGUGCGGGAUGCUGAAUUGUAGGUGAUGAUGGCGGAAGGGGAGCACCGCUGAGUUUCAUCUGAGUUUUCACCACAGCUGUAGAACCAUCUACAACAUCGUUUCUGUCCAUCGAGACCUAUCCCGAGGCGAUGGGGAACGAGGCCAGCAUGGAAGGUGAGGGACAGGCGGGACAGCCCGGCCCCGCCGUCCCUGCAGCAGGGGCUCCGGCUUCCAUUUCAGCACCACCGGACUCUGGACAGCUCAUCAAGCCCAGCAAUGGAGCGCCAGCCGGAGGAAGUGGGGCUGGACCCGGGCCGGGGAUUAACAGGCCACCUCCAUCAGACUCAGGACCUAAAGCAGGCGGCCAGAUCGGUCAUGGGACAGGUGACAGGUUGGCUUCCCAUGACACCCCACAGCAUGCUGCGCCUCAUGGAGAGCAGGGCCAGGGCCAUGUGGCCAGGAAGAGUCUGCAGGUGGACGUCGGUAGUAGCAGAACUGGGAGGUCCCCUUCUGCGUCCCCAGACCGAGGCAGUGUCCCCACCUCCCCUUACUCUGUGCCUCAAAUAGCACCCAUGCCCAGCAGCAAACUGUGCCCCGUCUGCAAAACCACCGACUUGAUGGGCACUGGGGAUGACAAGCCGAACAUCAACACCUGCACGCAGUGCCGCUCCAUGGUGUGCAACCAGUGUGGCUUCAACCCAAACCCUCACCUAACAGAGGUCCAAGAGUGGUUAUGUCUAAACUGUCAAAUGCAGAGAGCACUGGGGAUGGAUAUGACCACACCACGUUCCAAGAGUCAGCAACAGAUUCACUCUCCUUCUCAUGCAACCAAUCCAGAACCUAAACCUAACGCUUCAGCUCAGCCCGCACCUCAGACACAUACACCUCCUCAGACGCAGCCUCCAUUGCAGGCCCAUCCAGUGCCUGGCCCUACCAAACAGACUGGUCCAGCUGGCGCAGGUCAGCAGCAAGCAAGGCUGCCUCCAGGGGCAGUCCCUCUCCCUGGGAUGGCCAAGGCCCCAUCACAGCCUGAUUUAUCCCGUAGCUCACCCGCCCACCAACCCCAGCACCCCCGCCAGGACCAGACACGCAGUGCAGGAAGCUCCCCUUCACGACAGCCCCCACCUCCAGAGCAAACCUUCGGGAAGUUGUUUGGCUUUGGUGCGUCCCUUCUCAACCAAGCAAGCACUCUGAUAUCAGAGACUACUCAACCCCAACAGCAGCCCCCUAAACCAGCCCCCAAACCAGGAGGACCUCCUGGUCCAGGACCUGGGGCAGGUAAACCCUCAGGACCUCAGUCUGCACAACAAGGGCCUCGACCCCCUUCUCAGCAGCAGCAACAGCAUGCUCCCCCGGACUCCUCUAAGGCCAAAGCCUCUUGUCCCCUCUGUAAAACAAAUCUCAACAUAGGCAACACAGCAGAACAACCCAACUACAACACCUGCACACAGUGCCGGUCCCAAGUGUGCAACAUGUGUGGAUUCAAUCCCACUCCACACAUAGUUGAGAAGAAAGAAUGGUUAUGCUUGAACUGCCAGACACAGCGGGCCCUGUCAGGAAGCUUGGGAGAUAUUCCGGCUCCUGUUCCACAGCCCAUGGCAUCCCCCCGGUCACCUGUUCCAGCCAAUCAACAACCACCUCAACAGAAAGGGCCCAAUCAACUAUCAGGGCCCAGGGCCACAGGUCCUCAACAACAACAGAAACCAGCGGGUCCCCAAGUAAGUGGCCCUCUCUCUAAUGUGAAACAGGCUGGGCCUACCUCUGAAACCAAAGGUUCUGCCCAACUUAAGAGUUCAACCCAGCCACCUUCCCAAGCUAAGGGUCCAACACAACCCACGGCUCAGAGUAAGGGACCUGGUCAGGUUAAAGGUCCUACUCAGUCACACGCUCAAAGUAAGGUCCCUGCUCAGCCAGCUAACCAGACGAAGGGCCCGAGCCAGGCCAAAGGGCUGACUCAGACAAAGGUAUCUGCUCAGCCCUCUGCUCAGACUAAGGGCCCUUCUGGUGCCAAGACUUCACCUACUCCUGGUAAAGCUGCACCCAGCAAUGCCAAGGCUUCUUCCACCCCUUCAAAAACCAUACCUACUCAGUCUAAACCCACAGGUAACAACCAGGCCCGCAAACAGCCGCAAAGCCAGGAGAAGACUAAAGUUGCAUCUAAAUCUCUAAAAGAAGACGUCAAAGCCUCACCAAAGAAGGCAUUGUCAGAGACUGUCACUUCUCCAAAAGACACGAAGAUACCUGAAGAUGCGCAGAAGUCAAGACACCAUGAAGAUUCCAACAAAUCAAGUUCUCAGAGUUUAAGUGACACUGGAUACUCUUCAGAUGGCAUCUCCAGUUCUCAUGGGGAAAUUACUGGUCAGAUUCGGGAAGAAGGAAUCAAGCUCAGUGAAAGAGGUGCUUCCAUCCCCUCAGAAAUCACCAAGCUGGAGAGCUCCAUGAAACCUCUGUUGGAGUCAAAGAGUGCUUCAGAUCAGAAGCACAGGCCACAUUCACUGUCUGUAGGACAGGACAUCAGUCCCGAUGAUGAUGCAGCAAGAGAUGAAUCAGAAGAUGACCUCAGUUGUAAGCUUCGGCAUGAUUACGUGGAGGACAGCAGUGAAAGUGGUCUCUCACCAUUGCCAAUAAGACAGAAGAAGUCACAUAAAGAUUUAACAGAUGAAGAAUACAUGAGGAGGCAAAUUAUGGAGAUGAGUGCUGAUGAAGAAGAUUUAGAAGAUUAUGGAAAUCAGAAAGUAAAAAAGUCACAUAAAACAAGUGGAGACUUAAACAAAGAGAGGCGACGACUCUCUCAUCAUUCUAAUAGUUUUGAGGAUGACGCCAAGGUUUCAGAAGGGGCUUAUAAGGCAAAUGAAGAAGAAGACGUUGUGAUCGCUGGAGGCCUUCGCCGCUUUAAAACCAUUGAGCUAAAUAACACCAACAGCUACAAUCGAGACAUGGAGCUCAGUACUGAGCAUGACCUAAGAGAACCAGAGCUAGAGAUGGAAAGUCUGACUGGGUCUCCAGAGGAGCGGUCUAAAGGAGAGUAUUCAUCAACCCUGCCUGCCACCACCCCCAGCUACACCUCUGGAACAUCCCCCACAUCUGUGUCAUCCAUGGAGGAUGACAGUGACAGCAGCCCUAGCCGUAGGGCACGACUAGAGGAGGCCAAGCAGCAGAGAAAGGCUCGCCAUCGUUCCCAUGGGCCCCUGCUGCCAACCAUUGAGGACUCAUCUGAGGAGGAUGAGCUUAGAGAGGAGGAAGAACUACUUAGAGAACAGGAGCAAAUGAGAGAUUUAGAGCAACAGAGGAUCAGAAGUACUGCCCGAAAAACAAAAAGGGAUAAAGAAGAGCUACGAGCCCAAAGACGCAGAGAAAGGUCCAAAACUCCUCCAAGUAAUCUCUCUCCUAUCGAGGAUGCAUCACCAACAGAGGAGCUGAGGCAGGCUGCUGAGAUGGAGGAACUUCACAGAUCGUCAUGUUCGGAGUACUCACCUUCUAUGGACUCUGAGGCAGAAGGCUUUGAGAUAAUUGGUGGAAAGCUUUACAAAUCAGGAAAUGAGUAUAACCUUCCAACCUUUACUUCUCUCUACUCUCCAACAGAAAAGACAGCAGUUUUACCAUCUGAUAAAACACUGAAAAGUGCAGAGGAAGUGUACGAGGAGAUGAUGAAGAAAGCACAGCUCAUGCAGAGGCAGGGACACGCUGUUAAUCAGCAGAAAAGUACCUCUCAGUCUGAUGAUAAGCAUCAUCUUGAAGCUGGAACUGCACUCACCCCUGGCUCAAGCCCAACACAGGUUACUGCACCUAUGUCCUUCUCUACAACAGGCAGUGAUCCAAGAAUUCCAGGUAUUCAUGCAGCACAGCAUCUCUCAAAAGAAACACAAAACAGGAUGAUGACACAGAGUGCCAAAAUUGAAGGUGUUGUUGGAGUUGCCACAACAAAAGCUGUGAGUCAUACUGUGACAAAUCGCCAAACAGGUGGCCCGGUACCUGCUGGCACCAAGGUAGGCUCCCAGAGGCCAACACAGGCACCAUCUGACCCUGGAACAUCCUCCCUGACCUCCAGAGUCUUUUCCCUUUUCAAAGGGCCUAGCCCCCCAGUCUCUCCCACUGCUUCUCCAGUACAAAGUCCAACUCAUGCCCCAUCUGUGCGAUCCACUAGUAGUGGCGGCAGGCAACUGCCAUCUCUGCCUGGUGGUCCUACAUCAGCUGCAGCAUCCCAUGGGGCUCAGGCACCUCAAAGAGCAGUUUCGCCACGUCUCAUACGACAGCAGUCCUCCCAAGAUUCACCCGUGAUGGUGAUAACUCUCGGUUCUGAAACAACUAGUCCUGCCAAGCCACUUACUGUAAAUUCUUCCACUUCACCUUUGUCAUCACCAACACAAGCAAGUUGUAAAACACUGUACAGCUCGCAUCCCUCUUCAACAAGUUCGCCAACAUCACCUCAAAAACACCCAUCUCAACAGUCCCUGAAACAUUCUUCUCAGAUGGCUCAGAAUGUUGAAAAAGUUAAUGUUGGUAUAAGUGCUGGAUCUGUGGAGAUAUCUCUAGGUAAAAUUUCAAAUAUUCAAGGCACUUCAAAGGUUGUAGGUCAGGGUGAAACACUUCCUGGCACUAAUGUUGUGGAUUUGAGGGCCCCAAUGAGGCCAGCUCCAAUUAUAAUGACAGACCAGGGAAUGGACCUAACAUCCCUUGCCUCUGACACGAGACGAUACUCUUUAGGAGCAGAGCAGCCGGCUGGUAGACACACAGCAGUGCAGCCUCUUAUCAUGAACCUGAAUGCACAAGAGCAACCACACGUAUCUGUAUCAACGCCAACCACAGUGAGUGUCACAGUCGCAGGUUCAACAUUCAUAUCCCAACCAAAGCAGCCUGUCGUGUAUGGAGAUCCAUUACAAAACCGUGUGGAUCUUGGGCAAGGUGUUGGAUCAGCUGUCUGUUUAACCCAGAGUAAGCCACCAAUCACAGACCCAUCUAUUCCCAAAAUCGAUGCCUGUCUGGAGAAUCUGGGUAUACAGCAGCAACAACUGCAGUUACAGCAGCAGAAGCUGCUUCAGCAGCAACAGCUUCUGGAACAACAGCUCCAGCAGCACCAGCAGCACUCCUCUUUUGCUCGUUAUAAUUUGGCUAAUCAAGUCCAGCCACUGCUGAUAAAAAAAGACCUUGUAGUGAACCAGACAAGCAGUGCCCAGCCUGCAGUGACUGCUAGUGCCAUACCUAGAGUCUCCCCACUGGCUCCACCAUCAGUUUCUGGGGCUCCUGCUUCUAAUGUUCCCCACGAAUUGUACGGUGGAGUUGCCUUAGAACUAAAAAAUAAGCCAACAGUAAUGAACCUAUCCACAGGUAAGCCCCAUGUGAUGAUGGUGCACCUUGAUGAGAGUAAUCCAUCACAAAGUGGCACAGUGACUCAACUGAUAAAGCGAGAGGAACCUCCUCCCCCUCCUCAGGUCUUGGAUCUUACUGGACAGAUCAAACCAGAAAACCAGGUGGCUUGUUGUGAUGUUGUUUACAAAUUGCCCUUUGGUGGUUCCUGUUCAGGGUCACUCACUCAGAAGUCUACCACAGUAUCCUCAGAUAAAAACACGACCACUGAAAGCUCUCAAGCAGCCCAUCCUCCCCAUUCACCUCACUACAGCAUUAGCCAACAACAGCAACACCAGCCUCAAGUUACACAAGGAAUGACAGACGAACAUAAAGCAUACCAAACACCCAUAGUCCCCUCAGGAAGAAUACAGCCAUCCAUGUCGGAUACUAAUCUGCCUUCCAUGACUGAUGCUAGCCACUACCAGAGUAAUCUCCAGGGUGGUAUGGCAGUAGAUCUUAGCAGUAUAAAUCAGGUUUAUGAAGGUGGAUACCUUGGCAUGGGAGCACAGUAUGGUUCCUACACAGACUUGCGUCACCAAGGAGAUCUUGGAGGCCCUUCGUUACCCCUUCGCCGAUAUGGCUCCAUGUCAAAUAUCAGUUCAGACUAUGCCUACAGUUCACGUGACCUAACAGUAUCACAGGACUCCAAUUUGGCUCAGUAUAGUGCGACCACUGCCAGGGAGAUCAGUCGCAUGUGUGCAGCUCUUAACACAGUGGAUCAGUAUGGGAACCGGUAUGGAACUAAUGCAGAAUUACCAUAUGGGGCAGGAAGGGGUGGACCUUUAGCAAGGUUAAAUCUCCAGCAAAGCUUAGCAUCAAUAAGGGCAAAUUUACUCUAUGGACCAGAUGGAAGACCAACAGCAAAUGGCCAAACCCUAACAAAUCUAAUAAAUGCUAGACAAGCUAGUAUACGCGCCUUGUACCCUGCUGCUUUGAGGGGAGGUGAUGGCAUGAUAUAUUCUACCAUAAAUACUCCCAUUGCCUCUACCUUGCCAAUUACUACACAGCCUGCCUCUGUCCUGCGCCCCAUGCCAAGAGGAAUUUACAGACCGUACCCUACAGGUGUAACCGCUGUACCAUUGGCUAGUCUUACAAGGUUGCCUCAGUUGACCCCCAGGAUGCCUCUGUCCACGCAGGGAGCAUAUUCUUACCCUCCUCCAAACCAAUAUCAAACUUCUGCCACACCAUCAGGAAGUAUGCCCGUGGUAAGCAGCUCCCACCAAGAAACUCCAAUGUACCUCGGAAAGCCUUUAACAACAGUUGCUCCACAAACAGUUACAACAAUUGCACCAUCACAAACUGCAGUACAAAGUGUUGUUGCCACCGGGAUGUACACAACAGCUGAUCAUCAAAUAGACCACGCUAAGCUCUCAUCACAGAGUAUUACAGCUCUCUCUCAAGCUCAAAGCCAGCCUCCAACUGUCCAGCCAGUGCAGGCACAGCAGUUGCCUGCUCAAACUGAGCCUUUAUCCCUCACUCAAACCCAAACUCAAGCACAACCUGUCAGUCAGCCUCAACAGUUAGUUUUGCCGCAAAGUCAGUCGCAAGCACCACCACAUGGUUCUGCACAAGCACCAAGCUCCAAACUUUCUCCACCCACAGAUGCUCAGAAAGGUAAGGAAGAUGAGAGACUGAGUCAGCAACAAGAGCACAUGCUGCAGUUAGAACGAGAACGGGUUGAACUAGAGAAAUUACGACAGUUACGUCUGCAAGAGGAGCUUGAAAGAGAUCGUAUGGAGCUUCAGCGUCACAGAGAAAAAGAACAGCUCCUGGUUCAGCGUGAGAUCCAAGAGUUGCAGACGAUCAAACAGCAAGUCCUACAGCAGCAGCAAGCUGAGCGCGAAACGCAGCUCAUUAUGCAAAGGGAACAACUAGCUCAACAGAGAAUGCAGCUUGAGCAAAUCCAGUCAUUGCAGCAGCAGCUCCAGCAGCAGUUGGAGGAGCAGAAAAGGCAAAAGACAGCAGCAGUGGAGGCAGCAGCGGCAGCAGCGGCGGCUGAAGCUGCUGCUGCAUCUGCUGCAGCUGCAGCAGCAGCAACAUCUGCCCAGGGUGCUAUACAAGGGGUUGUUGUUGGAGGAGGUCCCCCUCAAGGGUUUAUUAUUUGUGACCAAAGCGGUAGAGUUAUUCAGCAAGAUGGACAGAGUGUUCAGUUUUGGCAAGAUGGACAGCUGGUCCAAGCUGUGGUGGCAGCUCGACCUAUUCAUAGUUCAGCCUCUGAAAUGUCUUUAAAAAGCAGUGACAAACAGGUUGACUCUAAGAUUAUGAAAAAGCAGAAUUCCAUGCCUCGGCUGAGGGAUGGCUCAGAGGAGGACUCUGUGAAAAGGAUUACAGACAGCUGUGUGCAAACAGAUGACGAAGAUGGAGAGGAAAGAUUCAUGAACAGGCGCAGGAGAACUCGGCGAAUUGCAGACUGCAGUGUACAGACUGAUGAGGAGGACCAGGCAGAAUGGGACCAGCAGCCCGUAAGGCGCAGGCGAUCACGUGCAUCCAAGCACUCUGAAUCUAGCGGUGAGGCUAAAUCUGAAGGAUCAUCCAAAGUGGUUUCUGCAAGCAUAGCUAUUCAGACCACAAAUGAUUCAUCAUGCCAAACAGAACCUGACCAACUAGGCAGGGUUUCGCCUGCAAUCCACAUUACAGUGGCAGAAACCUCAAAGGUUGACCUAUUACAUUACAUUGCGGCUCCUGAAAGAACGCACAAAGGAGAGAGUCUGGCCUGCCAAACAGAACCAGAGUCUCAUUCCCAGGGAGUGGUCGCCCCUCAGCUAAGUGUGCCCACAACUAUCAGCCCCUACUCAACAAGUCUGCAUAUAGUAGGAGCAAACACAUCUGACCCAAUCUCCCCUAGACUCCAAGGAGUUGUUAAGUUUGAGAGGAGGAAACCAGACCCCUUGGAAAUCGGCUAUCAGCAGCAACAGAAUGAGUCUCAUUCUCGCCAGCCCCCCAAAUCUCCCCAAGUGCUAUACUCCCCUGUAUCUCCGCUGUCUCCUCAUCGCAUGCUAGAGACAACAUUUGCCUCACAGGAGAAGCUUAACAAGGCCCACGUAACGCCCCAGCAAAAGGCCUUCACUGCCGAGUCACCCCAACGCCACCAGACUCUACCAAGACCCAUAAAAAGUGUGCAGCGCUCGAUGUCGGAUCCAAAGCCUCUCAGUCCUACAUCAGAGGACCCUGUCAAGACCAGGUUCUCCCCAUAUCACCAACAAGCUGUGUCCAACAGUCAGCAGAUGGCCUCCCUGCAGCAGCAGCAGAACUCUCUGAUGAGGAAAGUAAAGAGAACUCUCCCCAGCCCCCCUCCAGAGGAGACUCCACUUCCCAUUGUUACUCCAGCACAAAUGUACAGCUCUCCUGGCAUGCACCAGAGGGUCCCUCCAAGACCCGCCCAGGGUGUCACCAAGGCUGGCCUUCUGAGCGAACUAAAAGCUGUGGAGCAAGAGUCAUCGAAGCUUCGUAAGCAGCAGGCUGAACUGGAGGAAGAAGAAAAAGAGAUUGACGCCAAGCUACGCUAUUUGGAGCUAGGCAUUACGCAACGAAAGGAGACUAUGGUGAAGGAGAGAGAGAGGAGAGAAUUGGCCUACCUGCGAUGUAUGGGUGAUGCCCGAGACUACAUGUCAGACAGCGAGCUCAAUAACCUUAGGAUGGCAGCUGCAACUGGAACCUUUGACGCUAAUGGUUUGCUGACAAGGCCCAGCACUGCCCCACUGAGUCAGUUUACGAAUGAUCUCACUGCAACUUCCCAGUAUCCCUCAACUUCAUCUUAUAUGUCUUAUCCAUACCCUCAAACAUCUACACAGCAACCAGGCUCCACUUACCAACAGAUAGGUUUCCAGCCUCCUCAGUACCCUUCAUCCUCUGCACCCCAGCCUGGAACAUUCCAGCCACAUCCCCCACCAGGCCCUGGAUAUCAGAACCAGGGAACUUAUUCCUCACGCAUGUAUGGCCAGUCCUCUUAUCAGACAGAGAUUGGCAUGCAACAGCAUGGUCACCAGGGCUUCCAUUCACCUGCUCAACCUAUGCCAGGACAGAGCCUUCCUUAUCCCACUCACAGUUCCUACCAGCCUGGCCUCUCCUAUCAGCCCCAGGCUGAGAUCCUCACAGUCCAUCAAAGACCAAGGCAAACAUCUUUGGCUGACCUUGAACAAAAGCUUCCCACCAAUUAUGAGGUCAUCAGCAACCCUGCAGUAUCCGUGGCUACAUCAGCUCCAGAUAGCAGCUAUGGUUCAGCUUAUGGCAAUGCAUAUGGACAAUACCGCCCACCUGAGCCAGGCCUGACUCAUUCUGUGGAGAGCCCCACAUCUGCUUACGCUACAGAUGGUCUCUACACUUCUAACUUAGAGCAGAGUAUUCCUAGGAACUAUGUCAUGAUCGAUGACAUCAGCGAACUGACAAAAGACAGUGGGCAACCCACAGAUGCUCUGGGUCAUCCAGUCGGAGGGCGGUAUCGCAGUGAGAAUGGCCCCGCUCGAGGAAGUGCAUAUGGAAGACCAGAUGAUGAGCCCGUGGACGCUUAUGGCAAACCUAUAAGUUCCACAGGUUACCAGACCACAGUGGACAGUCGCACUGGCACCACAGUGAGUGGAGGCUCUUCCUAUUACUAUGAUGAUUAUAAACACUCAUCACGCAGCAGCUCUAGCAGCCACAAAUUAACUUCCAAGAAUCUUGCCCCUGCCGUAGUCUCCUCUAAACGUAGUAAACACAGGAAGCAGGGAAUGGAGCAGAAAAUUUCGAAAUUCUCCCCUAUUGAAGAAGCACGGGAUGUGGAGUCUGACCUUGCCUCUUACACAAUGACAACAUCAACAGGGGGUUCCUGUACAGUGGUGUCCAGAUCCAAGAAGCUUCAGGAUGAUGCAACCUACGGGAUGAAGAAAAGUGCAUACGACCAGCAGAAAUAUUAUGGCACCAGUCGUGAAGGUCUUGAGGAAGAGGACCGCAUGUAUAGCUCUGGUAGGUCCAGGUCUACAGGAUAUGGUAUGGACAAGAUUUCUUCCAGAGAUGCCACAGGGCACCGGAGUAAAUCGUAUGAAAGAGAUGCUAUGGAGCGAUCUCAAAGAAGCAGCCGCAGUGGAAGGCCUCCUAUGCGCCAGAAUUCAGAAGAGGAGAGCCCGCUCAGUCCGGUUGGAAAGCCUGUCGGCAUGGGAAGAAGCUCUGGCAUAUCAGAAGCCCAUGACGUGAGAAACCAGUACGGCUCCAGCCAUUCACUUCCAGAUGUACAGGACCAUCAUAAGAAGGACCUGCCCAGGAGUCAUGUCUAUAAACCAGAUGACCCUUAUCUUGUAGAUGACAUGCAUUGUGCUGUUUCUGACAGUGAAGCCUAUCAUUUGGGUCAAGAGGAGACUGACUGGUUUGAGAAACCACGGGAGGCCCGUUCUGAUCGCUCAAGACAUCAUGGAAGUGGGAGUCAUUCAUCCACAGGCAGACGUAGUAAACAUACUUACCAUGAUUACGACGAGCCUCCAGAGGAAUACGGUCCACAGGAUGAGUACAACCAACGCCACUCAUCCUCCACACCACGGGACCACCGUCACCACAGCAGCACCCCUGGCAGACACACCUCUUCCCGCCACUCCACAGAAGACUCCAGGUCCUCUCGGUCUUCCAGGACACACCCCAAAGACCCAUCCGGCCGUUCUGAUGGCCGGAGCUCCUCAUCUUUACAAAGAAGGAGCGGUGCAGACUCCCGUUCUGCCCAGGGAAGCCCUCGGAACUCAGGAGACUUCUCUCGUGACUCCGGUCAUCACCAUGGCACUGCAGGAAGGAGUCAGAGGGGACAAGGAGAUCGCUCAACGUCCCGGAGACAGGAUCCCACUGCAACAGGGCCUAAACCACAGCAACAGCAGCCCUCUCAGGGCCAUUCUGGACAGCAGCGGUCAGGUGGGCAGGACCAGUCGGGGAGACAUCCAGGCUCGGAGCCACUUGAUGGUACCCAACAUGCUCAGCAGCAGCACCAUCAGCAGAAUGCACAGCAGCAGCAGCAACAACAGCAACAGCAGCAGCAGCAGCAGCAACCACUACAGCAAGGCCAAAUACAAAGCAGUCAGCCUAUACCAACAAGUGCAGGGGCUGGACCAGCACAGCAGCAGCCAAAAGCUGGCCAAGCUCCAGCACAGGGACGACAGCCUGGAGUAGGGUCGGCAGCAGGGCAACCACCUGCAGCGGCAAAAAUGGAUGCCACACCUGCAGCAGCUGCCACAGGAAUGAAACCUACAACAGGAAUCCCAAUAGCACCUCAGCCUACCAAAAUAGCCACGCCACCUCUAACAGGCAUUGGCUCCAAGGCUGCCCCCGUUGGGAUCGGUAGCAAACCGGGAGGUAUAGGCAGCGCUGCAGCAGGCCAGGCACCUGCUGAAGGGGAAAAUGUUCUCACCAAAAUCCUGCAAGGAGGAGCUGCAGAGCAAGCAGGAAAACUGGGAGAUGCUUUGUCCGGCCUUGGGAAGAAGUUCACUUCAUUCUGGUGAACUGUAGAGAGGAGGGGUUUGCAGAGUGGAAAUAAGUUGGAUUGGUAGCUUUGUACUGGAAAAACCUAUGAAACUGCUUUAAUACAUUUCACUUUUUAGAGGACAGGGAGGAAUGCUGAAUGCAUCAAGGUGGAAUCAAAGGAUGCCUUGUCAGCACUCAAUUCCCCAGACAUGGGCGCACGACUGAAGUGGAUUAAAUAAGGGCGAUCGCUUCGUCAGCACGGUGUUGAGAGACCUGAGCAGAGGGCUGAAAGUAAGUGGAGGCUUAUACAGAACUACGGUCCCAGAAUGAUGAUUGCGAAGACAUCUGAGGCCUCAUUAGACCAACGUUUUGUUACUGUCCACUUGAAGUUUGUGUAGCAGAGAUGAGAGGCAGAAACCAAGAGCAAGUGAGGUGGAUAAUGGUCAAUAAUAAUGAGGAUGAGGCAAACUGGAAAGAGCAAGUCAUACCUCCCAUCCUUUUUUUUAAAAAAAAAGAAAAAAGAAAAAGUCCUCCUGGGAUCUGUGUGACAGUAAAAGCCCCACUAACUGAGGCAGGUGGAUAUCAUAGGGGAAAGUCAGCAUGCUCAUGCUUGCGUGUCCCUCCUUUGAAGCAGCUCAAUAAAGAAAGCCUCACAGCGCCCUCUACAGGGAUUUUAAUGUGACACCACUCAUGUCUUUCAAGGAUACUUGAUUCUACUUUGAUGCCUUCAGAGUAUUUUCAUGCAAAACACGGUGGAAAAUCAAGAAAAAGAAGUCAGAUUUCAUAGGUUUUACCUUGUACCAAAGAGACCAAUCUUAGCCCUAAAAGGCACCACAUACCUGGAGCAGAACCGGCAUAUCGCGACAAUGACGACCAACCUGAUGACGCCGCUAAAACUCUUCAAGGCUUGGUUUCUCUGAUCUCUACAGUACAUUCCAGUAUAGGGAAAAUGACCCUGUCUUUGAAUGUGUUUUUAUUUGUCUUUUAUUUUGUUGUUGUUUCAGUGUCUACAGAAUGCAUUGUGUAAAUGUGGACAUGAGAAUGCACGCACAAAUGAAAAAACUGCAAAAAAGAAAAAAAAAAAGAAGCCCAUAUCAAUACUUUUUCACCACCUCGAAGAUGCCGCUAGUCAUUAGCUGUAGGUUUUUAGGGAAGGGAAAUUACUACCGGUGUGCCCACAUGUGUGAGAUUCACACGGAUGAGAGGACCAAAUGAAAGAAUGGCCACGGCUCUUUAUUAGCCAUCACAAAGCCAUCGUUGUAGUCAGCCCCAGAGCAUUCUGGGACUUUAUCCUUUUCAUUGAUUUGGCUCAUCUUUUAGUUUCUUUUCACUUUUGUUUGCCUGAUAUAUUCACUGAAUGGAAGAGCCUUAUUCGGUACGUUUUUACUUGUAUACCUCAUAUGUUUGAAAACGUUCAUAUUGUCAUGCAUUUGUUUUUACACUGUAUACUACUGUAUGUACAUAAGACAAAACAAGAGAUAUAAUUAUGUAAAUUUGUCGUUUUGUGUAUUUAAUGAAUCACUUUUCUGUGACUUUUUUGUUAUGUGGUUUACUUUGGUAAAACUUUUUAUUUAUAUUAUCUAUUUUUCACUUUGUAUUUAUUUGAAUCUCUGUUUUCUCGCAUCAAAUUAAUUUGCUUAUUCAUUUUUAAAAGCAAUAGCAUGCAGAAAAUGCUAUAUAGCACAUAAAUGUAGUUUAUAGUAGUGAAGGGUAUUAUCAGACACUUCUGUCAAUAACUAGCCGUAAUACAAUUUGUCAGAGGGUUUACAAUCACAGUACCGUGUACAAACAUGCAUGGUAUAUGCAGAUGCAUAAGAGCAUGCAGACAGGUACGAACACACUCUCACUUUCUCUUUCUGUCUUUCUCUCACUCUCUCUUUCUCUCUCUACCAAUUUCCUGCAAACACACGCACACACACAUACUGCACAUGUUACACACUUUGCAUCCCUGUUACACUUCAGAGCCAAGGCUAAUUGAGUUCUCUCCAAAUAGACCUGUUAACCUCCUGCUGAUUGAUGAGGUUACCAAUUCACCAACGAGAUGAUCUCACUAACAAGCUGGGGCCACUGCCUCUAUUUGUGCAAAGACACACAUGUACACACAUGCGGACACACACACCUACACACACAGACAGAUACAGGAGAGGACAAAAGCAAUUAUCAAUUCAAAUGUUCUAUGCAAUGACUCAUUUUGAACCUGGAAGUGAUUCAGCCUAAAACAGUUUAUUAUCAUCACUGUACUCACAAGAAAACAAGAGAAUUAUGAACUACGAAAGCAGAAAAAAAAAGUACUGAAAACGUUUUUACUUAGCAACUUGUCUGUAUGAAUUUGAAUAUUGAAUAUUGAACUAGAGUUCUUGUUUGUUUUUUUGUUUUUGUUUUUGUUUUUUGUGGCAUGUUUUGACCCCUCACUCCCCGCAUGGGGGACUUGUUGCCAAAGGGUAAACUGUGUUAGACUGUCGGUUUUAUGAAUGUCCACCAUCAUGUUGCUUUGAAGCAUGGGUUUGCUUGGCUUUGUCUGGCUGUUCUUAAGCCCUCAUUCAGUUUUUGUGCGUUUUGGCUGACCUGGGCUCCUCAGUGUUUGGCUUGCAGUAACUGUCUGUGCUGCUAUAAAACCUGUGAUACAGAUGGUCAGCACUCCUCAUUAAUAUGUGUCAAUGUACAUAUUGGGUGUCAGUAUAACCUGUAAGGAUGAAUGGAAUGCUUCUAUCAGAUAUUUCAUUGUUGAUUAACCCACUCAGCAGCCAAGCCAUUGGAAAGGUGCAUGAUUAGAAACUAUAUUCUUGGAAGUUGUACCUGAAUUUAAAAAAAGGAAAAAAAAAGAAAAGAAAAAAAAUGGUAAGGCAUGAUUUCACCGAGGUUUGCCUAACAAACCUUGACGUUCACAGGCCAACGUAGAGAAUAAAAAUGAGUAAAAUGUUCAGCCAGUCAUUCACAAAUCAGGGCAUGGCAUUUUGAAAGCACAAGCCUGAUUGGCAGCACUCGAUGCUUGAUGAAACACAGGAAUAUUGAGGUUGCGUGACAGUGCCUCUAUCUGAACAACGUUAAGACUUGCAUAAAAACAUGGUGAGGAGCGACGGCGAGGCGCAUGAUACUAAACAGAACAUUAUUAACAGAAGGGCAGACGGGCACGUUCUCACAUUCUUACUGUAAAUAUAAAGUCAUUCUUCUGUACAGCUUUUGAGUUUCGAGUACGGCUGUCAUGUGCAUCCCCAUGCCGUAUUUGCUGCCAACUUUUGUGUAUAAAAAGAAUAUUUAUUAUCACAAUAAUGAGGAUGAUGACGAUGAAACUAAUGAUGAUGAUGAUCAUUAUUACUGCAUAAGCAUAGUGUAUGUGGCUGACUUGUAUUGACUGUUUACAACAGUGGAACAAAACUUGUAUUCAGAAACAUAUCCAGUCUCUGUGGAGUUUCUAUACAUAUUGUAUUUGUUAAAUGAGGAGAAAAAAAACCCCUCCAUGGCAAUUGCAGAGCAGAAUGCCUUUGUCAGACUAUCAGGAGGUCUUUAGUUUGGUGGGUGUGAUCCGCGAGGUGACGAAGGGAAGCAACGGGAAAAAAAGGAAACUAAAAAUUUGGAAAAAUGUCAUUCACUGUUGUAAGUGCAAUGGGCAAAAUGUCAGUCGUGUAUCCAUUGUGAAACCUUGUGUUUUAUUCAGUGUAUUCCUGUAAGCAGAGUAAAAUUUUGGUGCAUCAUGUCAAGUAAUGUGAUUAAUGAAAAUAUUGACCCUGCAAUUUCCAAAUGGAGAAAAGAAUAAAAAGAAAAGGAGUAUAUUGUGAUUUCUGUC